CUUUGAUUUUUCAAGGACUUGAAGGAAAACAGCUGUCUUAAUAAGCGCUUUAGUUACUUUCUUUCCUCUUUUUUUUUUUUAACUGUAUUCCUGUGACCCGUUCCUGCCCCUCCCAAAUAACUUUGAUGAGUUGAGACAUGACAAACUCUUAUCAAAACCUUAUCUGACAUCAUGAGACUGGAUUGUGUCAUCCUUUUACAUGGUAUCUGCUACAUAACUUUUUGGAUGGUGAUGUUUGUUUGUUGUUGUUUUUUUAACUGGCAAGUAUUUUUCAGGAACCCAUGGAUGUGUUGUGUAUAAUUGAUACUUAGCUGCUGCUUCUCACUGCUGCUUUUUAAAUGUUUUUGCUAUUUCCUGCAGGAGAAAACAGUUAAUUUGUGGCAAUGAUAGAUCCCUUAGAGAACAACUUGUUUGACCUUCCUGAUUAUGAGAAUACAGAAGAUGAAACAUUUCCACCUCUUCCACCUCCUACCUCUCCAGGAAAAGAUGAUGCUGAAUGGGCUCUAGCUAAUGGAGAUGGUAACCAGCAGUCACAAACGAAGGAUUCUUCUGCGACUACACGGAAAGCAGUUAAAAGACCAAUACCUAAACUAGAUGCCCAAAGGUUAGUUUCAGAAAGAGGACUUCCUGCCUUAAGACACAUAUUUGACAACACAAAAUUCAAGGGUAAGGGGCAUGAGGCAGAGGACCUGAAGACACUUAUACGACAUAUGGAACAUUGGGCUCAUAGAUUAUUUCCAAAAUUGCAGUUUGAUGAUUUUAUUGACAGAGUAGAGUCUUUGGGAAACAAAAAGGAAGUUCAGACCUGUCUAAAGCGGAUUAGACUUGAUCUUCCUAUUUUGCAUGAAGACUUCACGAAUAAUGAAGAUGGUGGAGGGGAAAGCAAUGGGCUAGAUAUAGCCACAGAAGACACACGUUCCUGCUCUGGAAAUUUAAGAGAAGAACUGGAUUCUCCCUCUGGUACAACUCUCACAGCAGAGCAACAACAGCGAAUCAAGAAGAACAGGCAACUAGCCUUGGAACGCAGACAAGCAAAGAUGCAGUGUAACAGCCAGUCACAGCAAAGUGAGCUCUCUGCUAGUUACCCAGAAGAAGAGGUGUUUAAAACCACAGCUGCUCAGAAUCUGGCUGACCUUACAGAAGACACUCAUGUUACUGCAACCAAGUUUGCUGUUGCAGAUGCUGAGGACAGAGGUACAGAACUGGAAUAUGCCAGUAAAAAGCAGUAACUUUUCCACGUACUUUGAAUGACUUUCUUAACACAAAGAUCCCAACAUUGUAAGUUCUAUCAUUAUAUGCAAAUCUCACCUGCUGUUUCCACUCUGGCUCUGGAAGCUGCAUGGAAGUUUUAAUCUUGAUGUCUGCACAGUUGGACAGAACUUGGUUUUCUUGUGUGAAAAUGAUCAACACCAUACGUCGGGAAACAACGGAAAUAGAUUUGAGACGUUUAAGAUAUCUUCUUUGGCAUUGACUUUCUUUGGGAAAUGUUACUGAUGCAAGGUUUUCUGACCUACUCUAAAUCUUCUGUUUACAGUUGAUGUAAAACGGAAUGAACUGGGGGGGGGGGUGGGGGUUGACAGAUCAAGUUUUAUAUUCAAGGUUUUUAAAUAGAGGUUAGUGCUAUGUAUGAACCAGAUGUCCUGUAUUUUGUAACUCACUUAUCAAAUACCUGUAUCUUGUUCUUACAAAAUGGAAGCUAUUAAAUUUCAGACAUCAAACCUGAAAAUCUUGUAUAAGGAUGUUAAGCUAUAACCACUCCAAAUUCAAGAUCCAUGAUGCAAGUCAAACCUCUUCGCAGAUAAGUACAUCUUACAAGAACAUGCUUUGGCUUUGAUGGAAUUAGUUAUCUUUCUUAGUUCAGCGGGUCUUGUUCUCCCUCUUGAAGUUUGGUUUCAUCCUCUCUUUGCAAUACUAUAUUUUCCUUGCUACACAACAGGAACAGGCAUAUUAAAAUCUUCCUUUUUGUAGAAGGAAGCAAGAAACUAAUCCAAAGUAUCACCAUAAUGGUCAAGUCCCAAGACUGCCCCCUACAAUAGCAUAUGGCAGACUGUUUGUAACAGAAGCUGAAUCAAGAUGUACUUAAUAGAAGACUCACAGUUAGAGCAGAUGAAAUAAAUUAACUCCUGAGGAAGUGAAGUUAUGCUAGAUGUGUAGUUGGGGGAUGUGUAUGUUAGUUGCAAGAAACAAAGCUUUUUGCCUUCUGGAUUAGCGUGAAUGAGUUUGCUAUUUACAUGCUUUUAGUUAUGAGUUAAGAAAACAGCUGAAAUAAUGAGGAUGACAGCGAGAAAAUAUGUGGGUUUUAAGAACUUAAU